AUGACUAUACGCCUUCAAGAAGUGGUGAGGUCCGAAGUGGAAGGCGGUCUCUCAGGACCAGCAAACCCAAUACCAAGUCAGUCGAUAGACUGCGGUUGUACACAACUGCGAUGUCCAAGGCUAGCGAAAUUCGCAACACGUCGAUUAUUCGUUGGGCUACUAGCAUGGGUCGGUCUAGUUCAAGCGGCUGCGUAUGCGUACUUUUACGUAGCUGCACCCACAAUCGCAAGAAGAUUUCAGUUCGAUCCUUACAUAAUGGAAUGGGUCCUUGCAAUAUCCGAUACGAUACCAUUCGUCCUUGGUUUACUCAUUGCAUAUUGGGGUGACAGAAUUCACAGAGCUGCCUGGAUCGGAGGCAUAGUUCUUUUACAAAGCAUCUCAUAUUUCAUCAUGAUUAUUCCUCAUUUAACGCACUCAGUCAAAGUAAUCGAUGAGUCUGAGAACGUCACGCAUAUGUCAUUAUACGCAGAUGAUAAUCGAGAAUUGUGUACAGACGGUUUGUCUCGAAUCCUCGCGAAAGAAGAUGAACCAUGCCACUUUACAUUCGCACUUAUGAUCGUCGUACAAAUUAUAUCCGGAAUUGCAAAUAUUUCAUAUUAUGCACUAGGUAUUUCUUAUUUAGAUGAUAAUACCAAGAGGAAAAGUGUUGCUGCUUUUAUUAGCGUCGUUAUUGCUGUGAAAAUUAUUGGCGUUCUUUUGGGUUACUUCCUCGCGUGGGCAUGCCUUGGGUUAGAUGCAGUAACACUGUCUUCUAUAGAAACCUACAGGGAACAAAUUGGUGCAUGGUGGCUAGGCUUACCGAUUCUCACAGUAUUACUUAUAGUUCCCGGUUUACUACUCGCAUGGUUCCCAAGAAUGCUGCCAUCUGAGGUUGUAGAACUGGCCGCAGCUUCGUUGCUAAACAUAAAUUCUGGUAGAUACAAUCGAUCGCCCCGGCGAAUAAUCAGCGAUAAAGUAGGCAGCCCCAGUUUCCUGCCAUCAGUGGGUAGAUUGUUCAUUAAUAAAAUUUUAGUGUGCACUGUCCUCGCCUGCACGUUCUAUACCAUGGCAACUCUAAAUUUCAUGGGUUACGAAAACCUGAUCACGCAAUCGAGGUUUCACGUACCGAAGCCGACUGGAAUGUUACUCGGUUUCAAUGAUCCAAUGACCUCUAGGCUAUUAUCAAACAUUUUGAAGCCUAUUCUGAUUGGUUUAAUCGUGGUAAUUUCGGGCCUGGUAAUAGCGAAAGCGAAACCCAGCUCGAGGGGUGUUGUGGGAUUCGGUAUAGUAAUGACGGUUUUGUCAGCUGUAAUUAUAUUCUCGUUGACUGCUACAUCCUGUCAGAAAAGGCCUAUUGUCGAAACCGACAGCAAAGGAUCAAUUAAUUUGCUGCAAUACUGCAACAGAGAUUGUGGUUGUUCGAAGGACGCCGAUUUCCGUCCUGUUUGCGACAGCAAAGGCAUGUUCACAUUUUACAGUCCUUGUCACGCUGGAUGCACCUCCUCCGAAUACAAGAACGGUAUAACGAUUUACAAUGGUUGCAGUUGUAUAAAAAAUUCAGAAAAUAUGGAGGCACAUGAUGGGCCUUGCGACUCGAAUGCCUGUCAAAUCGGUUGGUUAACAUUUGAGUUUGGCACUCUAGUGGCGUACGCGUUGAUCGCCUCGACGAUCGUGGGAGACUUGUUAGUAAUUUUGAGGUCAGUCAACGCACAAGAUAAGGCCAUCAGCAUCGGUUUCUGGAUGAUGUGGUCUGCCAUUAUUGUGAAUGUACCCGGAAAACUUAUAUACGACACUAUAGCGAAUCUGACCUGUCAAUAUUGGGGAACUCAGAGAUCGAUUUGUCGCCUCCAUCACAGCAUGAAGCUCGGGAACUAUUUGUGUUACCUAACGGGUUCUAUCUUGGUCUUGUGCGCGUUACUAAAAGUCCUGUUGUGGUUUUUCUGCAAAGACUUAAAACUUUGCGAUCAAGAAACCAAGGAAGUCCCAUCCGGAGCUGAGAUGCAAAAACUGAUGUCAGAUCCACCCAAAAAACAAACGGAGCCAUCCGAUACAAGCAAUAACAACAAUACGGUACAAGUAGAAGUUACCAACGAAGUAGCAUCGAAGUCGACAGAAUCACUCAACGAAGGCCUACAAAAGGAAGAAGACCAGAAACAAGCCGAAAAAGUAUUACUGAAGUACGGUCCCCUAGGACCAGGUGAUCGUCGAACAGGUUCGAAGUCAUCGCUCAGCCAAGCAUCACAGUCACGGCGGUCCGAAAUACGGAAUCUGGACUCGGAGGAUGAGCUCAGUUCUAGCGACGAGGAGGAAAAGAAGAACUCUAGCUCGAAGGUGGCAUACAGACCGUUGGACCUCGAUUCAGAUGUGGAGAGUGAUCUGAGCAACACAGAGCCUAGAUCGCGUAGACGUAUCCUCAGCAAGGAUUACGACAUUGCCUACGACGAUAGCCAACCAUCAUCCGCGACGAGUUCGGUACCGAGACGGGAAUUCCCGAAUCCUGCUAAUUACGAGGAUCCCAGACUGGCCAGGAUGACGAAUCCGGCGGAUCAAAAUGGUUUUAUCGAUGGAUCAUCGAAGACCAACAGCUUUGAAUACUCGACGAAGGGACAUGGGAAUGAAACGCAGAAAAAAGGUGACUUUAACGAAAUUGGUAUACCUAUUGUGGAUCCUGAUCUUCCUAAGAACAACGAUCAGCCUUUCAUAAAAGACGUGAAGUCACUGAUCAAUCAGUACGAGCAUAAUGCUGAGCAACAGAUAGAUGAGGAUCAUGAGUCGGUGAGAUCUGGAGAAAGUGGAAAUCAUCGCCUGGAUAUAGUCAAACUACCGGAGGAUCGACCCGAAUCACGUGAAAGCAAUAGUCCGAAAGCAUCUAGCAAAGGUAGUAGGGGAACGUUACACACCGAUUUCUAA